GUGGUGGUUCGGGAUUCGUAGGCAGAGCCCUGACACGACUACUGAAGAGCCGAGGCCAUGACAUCACUCUUAUCUCUCGUCACCCAGGACCGAACAGAAUUACAUGGGAUGAUCUUUCAUCAAAAGGGCUGCCUCCUUGUGAAGCUGCUGUUAACUUGGCUGGUGAGAAUGUCUUGAACCCCCUACGCAGGUGGAAUGAUGAAUUUAUUAAGGAGGUGACCUCCAGCAGAAUCGAUACAACUAAAGCCCUUGUUAAAGCAAUCUUGGGAGCAGAGAAACCGCUUAAGGUCUGGAUACUUGUCACAGGUGUAGGCUACUACCGCCCCAGUUUGAGUGCAGAAUACACGGAGGAGAGUCCUGGAGGGGAUUUUGAUUUUCUGUCUCGCCUUGUAACUGACUGGGAAACGGCUGCUUGCCUGCCUGAUGCUGCUGGAAGCCAGACCCGGCAGGUGAUAGUGCGUUCUGGUGUGGUUCUUGGAAAGGAUGGUGGAGCCAUUAAACAGAUGAUCUGGCCAUUCUGGAUGGGCUUAGGUGGCACCAUUGGGUCAGGGUGCCAGUAUUUCCCAUGGAUCCACGUGGAUGAUCUUGCAGGCAUUCUUGCUCAUUGCAUUGAAGAUGAACGGGUUACUGGUGUUCUGAAUGGCGUCUCUCCAAACCCCUGCACCAACUCUGACUUUACCAAAGCCUUUGCAUCAGCUUUAUGGCGUCCAGCUUUCUUUCCACUCCCUAGCUUUGUAGUAAAUGCUGUUUUUGGACCUGAACGUGGAGUAAUGCUUCUUGAUGGUCAAAAGGUUUUUCCAAAGCAUACAUUGGAAACAGGCUAUAAUUAUAUAUAUGCUGAUAUUGCAUCUGCUCUAAAAAAUAUUGUGUCCUGAUUUGGAAAUUAAUUAAAGCAUCGCAGUUGUGUUAAAA